UCCGGCCUCAACGCUUAUAUAUAACCAAGAGAGUAAACUUUGCUGACAAAAUCAAAAAGGCAGCAUAGUAAAAAGGCAGUGAGGUUAUAUAAGGCAAACCAGUAUGCGUGUGUUAAUAAUUUCUGCAGUGUUGGUGUGUAUGGUGGCCCUAAGUAAAGCUUGGAGUGUGGGCAUGAUUGGCAAUUUCCUGUAUAAUCCCAAUGAUGGAUAUACUUGUAGUUAUGCUGAAUGUAGACAACCAGGAGGCGGAAAUAGAAGAUUUCAUGUAAGAUGUUCGAGACCAAACUAUCAAGACUAUGACUGUGUGUAUGAGGGCAAUCCACACAGAUGUGCAGCUUAUAAUAAUAAUGGGCAAUCACGAUAUUACGCAGCAUUGGCGAGCAAGUCUGGACAUAAUAGACCUUCUGCUUGCAGUUAUUGGAGAUUAUGGGCAAAUAAUAUGUGCACCAAUAUUGUAAUGCAGAAAUUUACAGGUCCUUAUGGUAGGAUGCCAGCAAGACGAUUUUGUUCAGAUUAUUAAAGUACAAUUUCAGUUGAUUUAUCAUAAACGAAUUCGAAUGAUCAUUUUAAAUACAAUCUUUUUUUAUUAAUAUUUGUUAUAUGAACUCUGACUUCUGACUUUCUCAGUUGGGUAAAAAACACAUAGGUCAAUGGGAAAUUAGCUCUAUAAUAAUCGCCGGGCAUGAUAUCAUAUCUAAAAGCAAAAUAUAGCACAAAAAGGCAUCAUUAAUAUUAUGGAAGAUUAAAUUUCAACGGAUAGAAACUAUAUAAUUUUAAUAAAUAUUUAAAGAUGUCGAUAUUUUGGAAUCACUUUUUUUUUAUAUAUAUAUAUAACUUUAAGUACACUUCUUGAAACAAACGUUCCGAACUCGUCUGGAAGACAUGAGAAUGAUUUUACUUGUCCAACUUCAAUAGGGACGAAGACUGAAAAUAGGUCAGUUGUCCGAAGAUCGCAUAGCGUGAAACUCUUGAGUAAUAACAUGUUCUUUUUUGUUUUCUGUUUUAAUAUUUUUAUAUUGAUGUAUUGAACACUAUUUUAACAGUGGUAUUUCUAUAUAGCUCUACGAUUGAUGUAUUGAGUACUAUUUUAACAGUGGUAUUUCUAUAUAGCUCUACAAUUGAUGUAUUGAACACUAUUUUAACCGUGGUAUUUCUGUAUAGUUCUACAACGGAUGUAUUGAGCAAUAUUUCAACUUAAAUCAUACACUCGUUCAAACUAUAAGAUAUACUUUUUGAUAAUAAACUUUGACUUGCAA